CCUCCUCCGCCGCCGCGUGCACAUCCUGCCAGGCCAAACCCCACCUUCCCCGCGCGGAGCCUGGAGGGCGGCAGCCGAGCUCCGACCGUGCCUGGCCGAUGAGCAAGUAGCAGGGCGUGGGGAGGUGCCCGCCUGCCCGAGGAGGGAGCGGACCAGAAGCGGAACUCCGGCCUGGCAGAAGGUGUCAAUCUUCUAAAGUCUGCCAAAAAAAACCCCAAACUGAAACAUAACCCAGCCAGGAAAUUUGGAAGUCAGGAUGAUGAGUGUUGCUGAGGUAUCCGUUGCCCACGCCCUGCUUGUUGUGCCAUGAUGCCUUUUGGAGGAAUGGCUGCCAAACUAGAAUGGAACCGUUUGCGGGCUGAGGGUGUGGGCCAGCACAACAAUGCCGUUAAGUUCCUCGGCCAAGAUUAUGAGACCCUGAAGCAGCAAUGUCUGGAGAGUGGCACCUUGUUUGAGGACCCCCAGUUUCCUGCCAUCCCCUCAGUCCUUGGAUUCAAGGAGCUGGGGCCAAAUUCUUCCAAAACCCGUGGAGUUCGCUGGAUGCGUCCUUCGGAAAUUGUGGAUGACCCCCAGUUUAUCGUUGGAGGUGCUACAAGGACAGAUAUCUGCCAGGGGGCUCUGGGUGACUGCUGGUUGCUAGCUGCUAUUGGUUCCUUGACUCUCAAUGAGGAACUUUUGCACAGGGUUGUACCCCAUGGACAAAGCUUUCAGGAGGACUAUGCGGGCAUCUUUCACUUCCAGAUCUGGCAGUUUGGUGAAUGGGUGGAUGUAGUGAUUGACGAUCGGCUGCCAACCAAGGAUGGAGAGCUGGUGUUUGUGCACUCAGCAGAGUGCCAGGAGUUCUGGAGUGCUCUGCUGGAAAAAGCUUAUGCCAAGCUGAAUGGCUCUUAUGAGGCCCUGUCGGGGGGCAGCACCACAGAGGGCUUUGAGGACUUCACAGGUGGCGUGGCAGAGAUGUACGAUCUCAAGAAGCCACCUCGCGACUUGUGCAGGAUUAUUUCCAAGGCUCUUGAGAGGGGAUCCCUGCUUGGCUGCUCCAUCGAUAUCACAAGUGCAUUUGACAUGGAAGCCAUUACCUUCAAGAAACUGGUGAAGGGCCAUGCCUAUAGCGUCACAGGAUUGAAGAAUGUGGACUAUCGUGGCCGGCAGGAAGCACUCAUUCGGAUAAGGAAUCCCUGGGGUCAAGUGGAGUGGACUGGAGCCUGGAGUGAUAGCUCUUCUGAGUGGAACGAAGUGGACCCCGAUCAGAGGGAAGAACUGCAGCUGAAAAUGGAAGAUGGUGAAUUCUGGAUGUCUUUUCGAGACUUUCUACGUGAGUUUUCCAGGCUGGAGAUCUGCAACCUCACCCCCGAUGCUCUGACCAAGGAUGACAUGAGCAGAUGGCAUACCACCCUCUUUGAGGGCACCUGGCGCCGAGGCAGCACAGCAGGAGGCUGCAGGAACCACCCAGCUACAUUCUGGAUUAACCCCCAGUUCAAAAUCAAGCUCUUGGAAGAGGAUGACGACCCAGACGACAAUGAAUUGGCUUGCAGCUUCUUGGUGGCCUUGAUGCAGAAGCACCGGCGGAAAGCACGUAAAGCUGGGGAAGACAUGCACACCAUUGGCUUUGCAGUCUAUGAGGUUCCUGAGGAGAACCAGGGCUGCCAGAGCAUUCACCUGAAGAAGGAAUUCUUCCUGAGGAAUCAGUCUCGGGCGCGCUCAGAGACCUUUAUCAACCUGCGGGAGGUGAGCAACCACAUCCGCCUUCCCCCAGGCGAAUACAUCAUCGUGCCCUCCACCUUUGAGCCUCACCAGGAAGCAGACUUCAUCCUGCGCGUCUUCACGGAGAAGCAGUCAGACACAGAGGAGCUGGAUGAGGAGAUCAGCGCAGAUCUGCCUGAUGAGGAAGAGAUAUCUGAGGAUGACGUGGACGAAAACUUCAAGAACAUGUUCCGGCAGCUUGCAGGAGAGGACAUGGAAAUCAGUGUUUUUGAGCUCCGAACCAUUCUGAACAGAGUCAUUGCCAGACACAAAGAUCUGAAGACAGAUGGGUUCAGCAUGGAUUCUUGCCGUAACAUGGUCAACCUGAUGGAUAAAGAUGGCAGUGCUCGCCUGGGCCUUGUGGAGUUUCAGAUUUUGUGGAACAAGAUUAGGACCUGGCUGAAUGUCUUUCGCCAGCAUGACCUGGACAAGUCAGGCACUAUGAGCUCUUACGAGAUGCGCCUGGCUUUGGAAACAUGUGGCUUCAAACUGGACAACAAGUUGCACCAAGUGGUGGUGGCACGUUAUGCUGACGAGUCAUUGGGCGUGGACUUUGAUAACUUUGUCUGUUGCUUAGUCAAGUUGGAGACGAUGUUCAGAUUCUUCAAUAGCCUGGAUCCCGAAGGCAGUGGGAGUGCUGUGAUGAACCUCGGCGAGUGGCUGAUGUUCACAAUGUGCGGCUAAAGAAGAGACAGGCGUUUGCUGAGACGACGCUCUUGGACUGGGCUGCCCCAAGUGCCUCCCUUACGUCUGGCUGACUGACCUAGGAUGGCCCAUUAUCCCUAUUUCUUCCUCUCACCUCCUCAUUCCCAAGCUCAGAGCCUGCUUCCUUUUCUCCCCUCCAUGAAACAGACUCAGCCGGUACCCUGUGAUUUAAGCUCCCUUACAUCACUUAUUUAGGGGGAUCAAAAAGCUCUUCUAUGGGAGCUGGGCAGAGAAGGAACAGUUCUUAUCCUGCUGUGUGAGUGUGGCUUGUCGGGGUAGUGAGAGAAGCGCAUGGGUGCAUGUUGGGCCAUUGCAUGCAGACUUUAGUGUAGCUAUACCCUUUGCCAGGAGGGGGCCGGCCUGCCUUCACAGUUAUCAAAAGGAGGCAGGGGUGGGGUUGUGUUGCUUCUUCUCAAAGGUUGGCAUCUCCGUACUCACUGGCUACUGGCCAUUUGGAUAUUGCACAGAAAUCUCGCUUGUUCUCUCGCCGCUCUGAGCAUUGCAAGAUCCCCUGCUCUGCUUUUCUCCAGUAAACUCGGUGGCAGGAUGGAAAGGGAUCUGGGUCCUUAAUUUAACUCUCAAAGAGUUUUCUGAAGUGAUGGCAUGACCUCCAGAGCUGGUGCCAGAAGGGUGGUAAAAUCAGUGAUUUGCCAAGACCAAUAACAGGCCCCCACAAGUGCCACCAUUCUCGCUUUGCACAGAACAUCCAUGGAAGUUGGAGGCACAGGAACAUAGGAAACUGCCUUGGUCCAUCUAGCUCAGCAUUUCUCCACUAACUGGCAGUGUGGCUCUCCAAAUAUAUCCUCACUUUUACUAGGAGAUGCUGGGGAUUGCACCUGACACUUUCUGCAUGCAAAGCAGACACUGUCUACCACUGAACUGCAGCAGUUUGGCAUUAGUGGGAGAGAGUUAUCUGUUUGCACGCUGGUCUCUUCGGAACUGCACUGCGGCCUCCUUGAUACUUGCAUGCACACUGGUGAAAGAAGAGGGCUUUGGAUAACUUCACGUUUCUUCAGGUACCCAAAGCAUCAGAGGUCUUGCAUCGUUGGGACCCAGUGCUCAGAAUAAGUAAUUCACGCUUUUAAAAGCCAAAUUUUCAAAACGAGAAAACAUCACAGCUGUGGCAGUGCUUUCAAUCUCAUUGUUACAUGUUUGGGCAAGAACCCUUUUUAAAAAGCAAAACCAAAUCAUUCAAGAGUUGAGGAGGACCCCGCAGGCUGCCUCGAGUGUCACAUGAACUUGAUGCAGUACCCCUAACAGGUGAAAGGAUCAAGAAGUUAAGAAUGAAGGAUUCUGGCUCCUUGCACCUGAUGGGUUAGUGACAGCUGGGAGCACCUGGUACUGCUUUCUUGCUGGAUUUGUAAGCACAGGCUUGCCUAAUCAUUACAAGCCUUGUGGAAGCACUCUGACAAUAGUUUUAAAACCAUAUAGUAAAUCCACAGAUUAGCCUAAGCAAAGGGUGAAGUCCCUUGUUCUGAGGACCGUUCCCAUGCCUGCCUCUGACUUGCUCUGUCGCCUUGGCCAAGUCCUUUUUAUGCUUUUAGCUUUUCCCUUCUUCUGAGUGGAAAAAUAGAUACAAAUUGGGGAGUGUGUUGCUCUUAGAUUGCUCAUUAAUGCUAAUGGCUACAGUGUAGUUGAAUUCAGCGCUGCCUCUUUCAUUCUUAUACCUCUCCAUUGGUUUCCUGUGGUGAGGACAAAGAUCCCCACUUAAUUGCAGUUCCAGCCCUCUGCAAGCCUUCCAGCCCAGCACUGUAGGCAGCCUGAGGCAGGAUUGGUUUUCUACUGCGAAGUGUUCCCAAAAUGGCUGCCUCUCUUUGGAUUUACUAGUACAGAACAACUGCCAGCCUUUGGUGCUACUUUAGCAUGGAUCAGAAUCUCCACUCCCCGUUAAAAACGUCAUUGAGAAAAGUGGGGUGUGGUAGAGUCCUAAUAUAGCAAAGCUGUAUGAGAUGGGGAAAGGGAAGAUCUUCAAAGCCACCUGAGUUAUUGCUUGAUACACAAACAUUGCAGUUGCCUCAUUUUGGUGUCAGUUGUAAUACCUGAUGCUAGUGGUAGGGAGGUUCUUCUUUGGAUUGCACCUGUAAUAGGUAGCACUUGGCCCAAGUCAUACCUCAUGUCUGGCUCCUGAAAAGGGUUCUGAAUUUGGUGUCCUGAGAUAAACUGGGCAGAUUAAGAAAAUGGGAGUCUGCUUUGCAUAAAUUCUGUUUCUGAGAUUUUGAGAGGGUUAGGAUGCCCCAGUAAGGUCAGAGGCAGAUAAAACAAAACAUGGAUGUGAGGGUUUUGUGUAGCCAUUCAGGGCUGAGGUCAAGUACCUCUGAGAGCAGGAUACAGAGACAUGUGCUGAAGGCAUAAGGGUUAGAAGCCCUACUCUGCCACUUCCAUGUGCAGGCUUCUCCAAACACUGCCAAUGCACUCCCAAGUUAAUCUCUUCCCCCAUCUCUCUUUAAAAUUUGCCAAAAGAAAACUGAAAAUGUUCUGGAUGCCAAAUUCCCAUGCUGCAUUCUUCACUUGUCUAGCCCUUAGUCAUGCUGCUUAAUUCUUCACCCAUUUGAGAAUGUAAAAUGGGAGUUUUCUGAAGGGUACAUUCAAGCCAGCUAUGUACAACCCAGGCCACUUAAUGGAAAGGAGAUGCUUAGGUGAGAUGCAGCCAAAUUGGAUUUUUCAAAAUGGAACAGUAGUGAGUUCAGAUUCUACAGCAGGCAUAGGCAAACUCGGCCCUUCAGAUGUUUUGGGACUACAGCUCCCAUCAUCCCUAGCUAACAGGACCAGUGGUCAGGGAUGAUGGGAGUUGUAGUCCCAAAACAUCUGGAGGGAGGGCUGAGUUUGCCUAUGCCUGUUCUACAGUUCUUCCAUGUGCUCUCAUUCCUUCCUGUCUAUAUCAUACUCUUCACUCCCAUGAGGGCAUUUCCAGCUUCUGGGUCUUUUCUUGCCUCCGUUGUGAGGAACCCACAUGCGGCAUAUCCUCCUGCCCCAUCACCAGCCCAAACCCCUUCAUGGCCCCUCUCUAUAUCUAGGCUGCUCAUGCCCUUAGUGCUUUGUUGCAGGGACCCAGAACCACCUGCUGCCUUAGAAUUCCUGCAGAACUUGGCUGCAAUUAUAACCACUUCAGCUCAGAGGGCAGAGCUGCCUCCUCAGUCUGAUUUGCAACAUAUGUGAAAUAAUAAAUAUAUAUAUAUAU